UAAGGUUUAAGUGUGAUACCUUUCGUGAGUCUGAUGCUACUGAAAGUAACAGCGAACGCUAGAGGAAGUCGGUCUUCAGUUAACAGGGAAUCCAAUUGAUCCGAAACACCUUCACUGGUUUACCGGGUAACGAUUUUAAUCACUAAACUAACGCCGCAGCUCCUUUCAAGCUCCUUUGUUUGCAUGACAGUUAACGUGACCAGUCUCUGACAGGUUCUGUUGAGAAGGGGAAAUAUGGAAGAGGUAAAGUCCGAGCCGGUAGAUUUUGUGAAGGAAUUUCAGGAGUACCUGACCCAGCAGACCCAACAUGUCAACAUGAUCUCAGGCUCAGUCUGUGGGGAAAAGGAGACAGCAGAGCCAUAUCAGGCCGUUGUCCCGAGGUGUGAGCAGAACGGCCUGGAUCCCCCGUCGGUGGAGGUGAGCCUGUCGAUGGAGGAUGGGCCAGACGUUCAGGUGGACGGCCUGGAGAGGACCUGCGACGGCAAAUACAAGUGCAGCUACUGCAGCUACGCCAACAAGGGCAUGGCUCGUCUGAUAGAGCACAUACGCAUCCAUACAGGAGAAAAGCCUCACCGCUGCCAGCUGUGCCCCUUUGCCUCUGCAUACGAGCGCCACCUGGAAGCCCACAUGCGCUCGCACACAGGGGAGAAGCCGUACAAGUGUGACCUCUGUGCCUUUCGAUGCAGCGACCGCAGCAACCUGUCGCACCACCGGCGGCGGCGCCACAAGCUCCUGCCAACCAGAGUCAUGCGCUCCCCUUUUACUAAUAAGAGAGUGUUGAGCUCCUUGCAGAAGAGGACGAGCUCGCUGGGUUACGGCCGGCGGCUCCUCCUUAACUUCAGCCCCUCGUCCAUGGUUAUGCCAAAGUCGGAUUAUUUGACCGACCUGCCUCACAAGGUCCACCAUUCAAAUGGCAGUGAGUACAAGAACCCUCCCAGGUUGGAUGAGAAUGAGACUCACAUCAGGAGUGGGAAUAGUUUGACUUACAAGAACCCGCUGGACCAGCUGUCGACCCUCGCUGGCCAGUUGGCCGACCUUCACCCGGACUCUCAGGCCCCUGCGUCCCCGGACCGGGAGUCCCUCAGAGAGGAGAAGCCCAUCCUCAUCCAGCACAUCUCUGGUGAGCAGGUCACAUGUUUAAAUGGCGCGCCGGGAACUCCUAACCACGCGUGCAGUCCUGUUCCCGGCCUGGACUUCGAGAACAGCAUGAAUCCUCUGACUGCCAGCGUCAGCAACAGCCAGCCAAGCACCCCCACCGCCGCUCUGACGGCCGCGGACGAGCAGCUCCUCCAGAAAUGUCAGCACUGUGAGAUUCGCUUCUCGGACAAUAUCCUCUACACCAUUCAUAUGGGCUGCCAUGGCUAUGAACAUCCAUUCCAGUGCAACAUCUGUGGCCACAUGUGCGUGGACAAAUAUGAUUUUGCCUGUCAUUUCGCUCGUGGCCAACAUAAGAAGUGAAUAUUUUAACAGUUUCUUACAGCUAACGUUUUCAAGUCUACAAUCAGGUCAGGCCUUUGUUUUUCUACACUCUGUGACUCCAAACUUGAAUUUUUCACUAUGGUUGUGACUGUGGAAACCCACGGCACAGUGGUAUGGUGGUUAGCACUCUUGAGGUCUCUGUGUUGUCAGUGGAGAUUUGCUCCAAUGUCUCCAAGUUUGAUAAAGGAGGAUAGGAAAUAACUGGAUGGAUAUACAUAUGCACUAAAACCUCUACUUACACAGCGUAGUUGCCACCUCCAUUUCCACCAUUAGUUAAUUCCUUCUCGCCAGUGUUAUUUGUCAAUGCAGCAUUCUUUCUGUGUUGGCUUAUCAAUUUCUUGGGAUCACUCAGUGCUUUCAUAACUUUCAAUUUUACAUGACAUGCCAUAACUAUUUUAGUUGGCUAACUAUUGAAAUCUCGGCAUCUUUGUUUGCACUGAGGCUGUCAGUUUGACCACUGUGUCACUGACUAUAGUGUCUUUACACACAAAAUGUUCCUUCUUAGUCUAAUUAUCUUCACUCUUUUCCCUGAGAGAACCUUAAGCAGGAUAUGUGUCAAAUAUUUAAAUGUCUUAAUUUUUUAGACCUGUUGUCUUCGCUCCAGUGAUAACCCAAUGUAUUAUAUUCUAGCUAGAUCUCAGUUCUCAAGUGUUUUUUUUUUUUUCUAUUUAACUCUUGUGCUUUUUUAAAAAGAAAUUCUAAACUCUCAUAUUUUGUGGCCCUGUGCAUAUAUAUACUAAUUUGUUGUACACUAAAGCACAAUUUGCUAUUGCCAUGUAACUUUGUUUGGGUGGAACCAUCACACUGUUACAUGUAAUAUACAGUAAUGCUACUUUGUAAUGAAUUUAUAUUAUUUGCUUUUAAUUUAUGUACAUCUUGGUUAGAAAAAUGAAAUAUUUAAAUUAUAUAUAAUUGGUUCCUGAACUAAGUUUGUAAGUUUUUGUCCUAAAUUAGUGGGAAAAAGACUGUUUCUUUCUUGCUGAAUCCUGUGUUGUACCAUGUUUAUAGGACACAUGUUAUUUAAAUGCAUUUUGAAUACUUUUUUGAAGAUGUUUCAGUUUAUUUUAAAAAUAAAACAAAAAUAUGUACAUUUUGAGUUUGUUUCAAUAUGUCUCAGUGGUUCUGCUGUACGAUGUCUUUACUUGAAAACAAGUACAAUUACAAUGACUGCAUUUGACAUUCAAUUCAACUUAUAUUUUGAUUAAAAGAGUCAUUUUUGACUGUUGAUUA